AUGGGGCCAGUGAGUGCUGGGAGCCAAGACGGGGGGGGUGUGGAGCUGGGGUCCUGCAGGGUCUGUCCCCCUGCCCUGGGAUUCGGGGUGCGCGGGGUGCUCGCUGUGCUGCUCGGCUCUCGAGGCCCCUCGGAGCCCAGCCUGCUCCCCAACAAGGAGAACCGAGGUCCCCAAGGGCUGCCCGUGUUCCGCUUCCCCCUGAAGCACUCGAACACUCUGACCAACAGGCAGCGAGGCAAUGAGGUCUCUGCCCUGCCAGCCACGCUGGACACCCUGUCCAUCCACCAGCUCGCUGCCCAAGGGGAGCUCAGCCAACUGAAGGAGCACCUUCGGAAGGGUGAGAACCUGGUCAAUAAGCCUGACGAGAGAGGUUUCACCCCACUCAUCUGGGCUGCAGCCUUCGGCGAGAUCGAAACGGUCCGUCAGCUGCUGGAGUGGGGUGCUGACCCCCACGUGCUGGCGAAGGAGCGGGAGAGUGCCCUGGCCCUGGCCAGCAUGGGUGGCUACACUGACAUUGUCCUCCUGCUGCUGGAGAGGAACGUGGACAUCAACAUCUAUGACUGG